AUGAACAACAGACCUGUUGAACAAGCAUUAGGUAUUCUAUUGCCGACCCAUGCCGAUGACCUGCCUCAAGAGCUCCGCAGUUUAGCCUUAUCUCUUGUCGCGCAAUCUCGCAGCUUUUCUACUAGCUUAAGGCCCGAGGAAGAGAUCGCACGCCCUUAUGCUUGUGCCGAGAUCGCGUGCCGCCGGCUAACUCGGGCCCUCAAACUCCCCCCCUUGAUGGGCCAUCCGCCAUGUCCUCCGCGUGCCUACAAGAAGCUCUAUGCAUUCCUUGAUCGCUCCCUUUCGAAUAGUGUAGCUGGAGUAAAGCGUGCAGGGAGCAAUUCUAUCUCAGAAACACCUUCACGCACCGGAUCCGCUUCGUCGACCCCUGCAAAAAAUACGAAGCGUACCCGGACGCCUCCAAAGACAGCAACAACGCCGCAUAAACUCCAAAACACCGCAAACAAACCCACGCCAUUAAAGAAGGCUAUCACACAUGAAGGAAGCGGCUCUCGCUCUGAAACACCCCAGAAGUCCAAGGUCCGCACUAAUGGCCUUCCUGGCUCUACGAUUAUCCCCGAUGCACCUGCCUGGGUGAUGACGUCUAUUCGGAGCGUGUGUAAAACUUUAUCUACUCCAGCUCCACGGACAAGUACAUGGUCCCGGCCUCCAAUUUCGAGGACCUUACCUCCUCAUAUUUUUGCUGGUGUAUCAUCCAUCUUAUAUUUCAUUUCUCGGAUUUCUGCCAAGGAUGAUGAUGAUUUCGACGAAGAAACCCUAGAAUUCGUGGAGCCUAUCCUAAUUGUGAAGGAUAAAGAGAAUGAUGAAGAUUAUAAAGAGGUUGUCAACGCUCUGGUAGUAGCCGUCUAUUUCCUGGCUCUCGCCCGCAGACGAAGCUCCUUAUCCGAAGGGGAAGGAGAAACGAAGAAGCUCGACAAGAAGACGUUUUCCGAGAUGCGCCAGACUGCAUUAGUGAGCAUUGGUCUCCCUUCAACCGAGAGAAGACAUCGCGAGGACGUCGACCAGUGGAUCGCAUUGAUAAUGCAACAACACUGGGCCAAUGGCAAGGAAUGGUUCGAAAACAUCCCGCAGGCUGGAGAAUUGGACGGGGAUGAUGCGUAUCUUUCGGACGAGGACGGCUUCGGCGAGGAUGGAGAAAGAGCUAAAAGCGCUAAGCGACAAAAGACAACGAAAUCGGGUCGCUCACUGGCCAAACACUCAUCCAGGAAGGGCCUUCUACCGGGUCUUGGUACCAUGAUGCAGGAUCGUGUUGAUUGGUUAAGCGACGAUCGCAAGGAAGAUUACCUUGAGUGGAAGGCAGCAGUCCUGGCGCGAAUUGAGCAGAUCCAAAAAUCUGCAGCGCAGCAUAUCGGCGCCUUACCCGUUUGA